AAGCCGAGGAAUCAUCAAGAUGCUGCAGCUGGAGCAGCUACUGGGGACUUCAGCCUCUCCUCUAGCCAGGAAGCCAGCACUGCAGCCCUGCCGUCAGCAGCAUGGACUAUUACACGCCGCAGCCCAGUCGUCGCCACAACCCCGUGGACAGCAUCUGCCGCAAGCUGCAGACCAUUCAGUGGCGCGGUGAUCGAGAGCCCAAUUCGCCGUUCCAGAUUCCCAAACUGUCCUCCAGCAGCUACGACAGCCCACAGUGUGGCCUCAGGCACAACCUGGAAGCCAUCCUGAAGAAGGGGGCCCUCCGCAGGGACGAGGGGGAGAGGGGGAAGGAGAGAGUGAAGGGGAAAGGGAUGGGUAUGCCGAGCUCUGCAGCUUCCCAGAGGAGCAGCCUGGGUCCGUCUGUCCCUCUGUCCACCCCUUCUGCCCCGGUGUGCAAUCCCUCCUCGCCGGCUAACGUCACAUACACCAUCACCAGCACUCUGGGCGAGAGGAGAGGUGCUGAUGGGAGUGAUCUGAGACAAGUUAAGACAUGGCAGAGGAAUUGCUCGACGCCCACAGGCCAGUCCAGGGACUCCCCUUACUUUACAUUUACACAAGGACCCCAGUCGGUGCAGCCGGAGAGCGAGAGGGCGAGCAGGAGCCCCCCUCUGUGUCGGACCUUCACCCCAAACCACAGCACCCUCUCCUACAACCUCAACUUCUGCUCGGCGGACUCUGGGACCUCAACUGAGUGUGAGCUGCCCUACCCAGCUCUGGUUGUAAAAAGACUGUCCAUGGGAGAUGGAGGAUCAUCGCUGGCCUCUGAAAACAGGAAGGAGAAUAUGGCAGAAAUCAGUCUCAUCUGUGAGGAGAAUCUGCUCGAUACCAUCUUCCAUGCCUGUGACGUCCAGCGCCGAGGUAAAGUUUAUGUGUCUCACAUUGUGGACUACCUGCGGCACACCACCAGUCGCAGCUCAGAAGACAGUGGACUGGAGGAGCUUUGCAACAUGCUUGACCCAGAGCACAAAGACGUCUCCAUUGACCUGGACACGUAUCACGCCGUCAUGAGGGAGUGGAUUGAUGACUGCCGCAACAACAGGGAAGAGCCAACAGAUGACCUCACACAGGACUCAGUCAAACUCAGAGAUGGCCUGUCUGCCAAGAGGUCCAUGCUACUCAAUAUGACCUCAGGAAGUUUGGAGGCCUUUGGAGGGGAGGCAUCCAGAGCAGAAUUUGAGACAUCAGAGCUGGUGUAUUGUGUUGCCGACCUUCAGAUGAGCAACCAAAAGCUUGAGGAGGAAGUUCGGAAGCUGAAGCAGGUGGUGGAGGGCAUGGAGGACAGCAACCAGAAGCUAGCAGAGGAGAACGAGGAGCUACGCAAUCAGGCCAGAGUUAACCAACAGCUGGCCCAAAAGGAGAAGAUGCUGAAGGAGGAGGUGGAAGAGAUGAAGGCCACUCUGAGCUGUACAGAGGAGGGCAGAGCUCGCGCCUCUGCGCACAGCAAACAUGUGGAGAGAGAAAACCAGAGUCUCAUUGCCAAGAUAGCUUCUCUUCAGGAAGAGAACUUCAAGGCCACCAUGGAGACGGACGAGCUUCAGAGAAGAAUAGCAAAGCUGUGUGACAUUAACACUGACCUUCAGGUGCAGAUUCACUCUUUUGAUGCUGUCGUUAGUGACAAGGAGGCUGUGAUACUAGAGAAGAGCAGACAGAUAAAUGAGCUUAAGUCAGCAGUGGAGGAAUACUCCUCCAUCACAGAGCUGCUGAGGGCGGACAAGUGCAAGCUAGAGAACCAGAUGCAGAUGAUACACCCAGACCUGGCUGGCGCUGGUCUGUCCCUGUCUGUGGCCUACAGGUUGAACCAGAGCACGUCAGGAUCCCUACAGACAGAACUGGCUCUGGCACAGUCGCCACUGGAGGCCCCUCAUGGAGUUGACCAUCUGUCCACCACUAUGAGCUUUGCCUCCCCACUGGAUGAGACGCUGGACAGGGAGGUGCUGCUGAUGCUGCAGGGACCCAGCCCAGAACACAUGGCUCAGGAGUUCAAGAGCCUCCUAAAGAAACUGAAAAGGGAUUUCACAGAGGAAGGCGACUCUGUCUUGUCCACAGUUAAAGGCUUGUUGGAUGACCACGCACAGCCAGGGGGCAGCACAGACACCAGUCUCCAGACGGUGCAGGCCGAGCUGGAUGCAAGACGGGCAGACUGGGCCCUCAGCCUGGACCAGCUGGCCCAGUACACAGACUCGCUGGAGAAGGAGCUGAUCAAAAUGGCCAGUAACAUGAGGAGGUCCCGUACCGAGAUCCUGCACCUUUCAGUCAGGGUGCAGGAGCAGGAGAACCAGAAGCGGCAGCUGUGUGAGGAGCUGGAGCAGCUAAAGACACCUCAGGACAGCAGAGAGGCCUCAUGCCAGACACCUGCACCAGAAGAAGAGCCUGGAGAUGACUUGGACUGGGAUGAGGAGUUUGCCCUUCAAGACUUCCUGAAGAGCGAGCUAGCAGAGAGGAAUUGCAGAGAACGGGACGGACGAACAGACACCAGGCCCGAAGACACGGCAGAUAAAUUAACAGACAGAGGUGAAGAGGAGGACGGGGAGGAGAAGUGGAUGGUGGUGGACACAGCGGGAGAGGGAGAAGUGAGGGACACGUCCACUCCUCUGUCUGCCCUCUCUGGAUUGGCUGAACCAGGGAACAGUGCAGGAGGAGGGGAUCAAGACUCUGCAGCCUGCACUGAGUCAGAGCCAGAGGUCAACUGUCAAUCUUUGCAGGAAGAGGCAGCAGUGCCAUUGAGCGCCCACUCACAAGCUGUCAGCAUUAGACACCCAGAGGCGGAUGCUCUCCCUGAUCUGUCCCACUCAGAGAACAACAGUACAAAAGCUCCUGAGACUGCAGAGUCUAAUGCCUGUGGUCCAGCCCAAAAUCUGAGCAGCUCACCUGAACAGGACCAGACAGUCACACUUAGUAGCACCCCUCCUACAGCAGCCGAGAUGGUUCCUCCCGAACACAUACCGAGCACAACACCUGGACCAGAUGAGAACGUUACCCAGAAUGAGAGCACCCAGCCGACCAGUGAGGACCACAGGGGAGAAGGAGAGAAAGAAGACGAGGUGGACACAAGCUCAGGAGCCAUGAGCCGCACUAAGAGCCUGAGCCAGGACCAGUCGGCAAACAGAUCAGCAGCAGAGGACAGCACGUGUCUGCUACCUGUGUUGGUGGAAGAGGAGGAGAGCGUGCAGGAGAGUACAGCUGAGGCUCCAACAGUAGCUGCCAGCAUGGAUGGGACAGACCAGCUCACCAGCAGCGGAGCGACUGCCUUCUCUGAUAGGAGCUCUCCUCAGUCACGGUCGUCCGUCACACAUGCCAGCCAAUCAGGGAGCGGCAUGGGCAGCGUGACCUCUGAUCCCAGCCGUUCGGAGGAUAGUGCAGCCAAAAAGGACUCCCUCCCCCUCAGUGGCAAAAAUAAGAGGGAACUGGAGCUGUCACGCAGCAUGGAGGCCAUCGAGGAGCACAGGGAUCAGGAGGACCAAAGUGAGACCGUCAUGGCCACUGAGAAGGAAUCCGAGACGUCAGCGAUCUCUGACACCAGUGAUACCUUCAAAGACAAGAACAGCCUGUCUCCUAGUGACAAGGAGAUUGAGACGGAGUUCCAGCGUUUGGCGCUGGGCUUCAAGUGUGACAUGUUCACCCUGGAGAAGAGACUCCGGCUGGAGGAGAGGUCACGUGAUCUGGCUGAGGAGAACGUCCGCAGGGAGGUGUCCAGCUGCCAGGGCUUACUGCAGGCUCUGACUCCUCUGUGUGAGGACGAUAACCAGUCCAUGGAGAUCAUCCAGAGGCUCCAGAAGAACCUGGAUAUCCUCAUCCAGUCCAUGACCAGGGUGUCUAGCCGCUCUGAGAUGUUAGGAGCAAUUCACCAGGAGAGUCGUAUUGGUAAGGCUGUGGAGGUGAUGAUCCAGCAUGUGGAGAACCUCAAGAGGAUGUACACCAAGGAGCACGCCGAGCUGCUCGAGCUGAGAGAGACGCUCAUGCAGAACGAGAGGUCGUUUGGAUCACAAACCGAAAGAGAUGACUUCCGUGGCAAGAAGCAGCCAACAUCACAGUACUAUAAGUCAUCAACCCGGCGGGUCAGCAUAGCAGCGAUCCCCCGCUCUGGUGGAGGCAACAUGCACUUUGACAUGUCCAAAACACAAGAUGGAUCAGAGGCUGAAACGGAGAGACUGACCAGGCGAUCCCCAUGGAAUGUGGCAGGGAAGAGCACGGCGCGCCCCCCACUAAAACGCUUUGUUAGCUCUGCGGCCUGGGUUGACACUGAAGAGCCCUCUCUCAUGAUGAAGGGGGCGGCCUACGACAACACCGACUGCCAGUCGGAGGACGAGCAGAAGGAGGAGCCGGUGGCAGAGAGGAGGAGGUCCAGUCUCAGUGAGCUGGGCAACAAACUCACCUCCCUCAUUCUGCCCCUCAAGACUCCAAGCCCUUCCUCCAGCCCUACGUCUACAGACCCAGGAAUGGCCCAGUCUCUGUCCCACAGCCUGACCUCUUCCCGGGCGGCCGCAGCAGCAGCAGUAGCCAGAGGUGGCAGGGGGCUCUGGCUUUGGUUGGCGAUGGUGGUGGUGCUUGCAGGUCUCUUGGCACUGCUGGCCAGCCUGGUGAUGCAGCCAGUGGUAGAUGCAGCCCCUGUGGCUACCGGGGACUCCUGGAUGACCAUCCAGCAGCUGCUGUGGCCCUACGCAGGGCUCAGGCACAACGGACAGCCACCUGUCUAGCCCCCGAGAUCCAGGGUGGAUGAUGUCACUGCCCAUCAGCUCUCUGCAGAAAUGAUCUGUGCAAUGUGGUGGCGAUGAAGGAAAGUACAGUGUACCACUCCUGAACAGAGGCUGUUGGGAUGUUUACUGGUACCUGAAGAUUCCUAAAAACAAGACUCGCACUAUCAACACAGGCCAGGCCUCAGGGGAUAGCUAACCCUAUGGAGGAUUUUAUGCAUCACAUCACGUUUGCUAAAUUAGUUAGUCUGUGUGUGUGUGUGUGUGUGUGUGUGUGUGUGUGUGUGUGUGAGUCUGUCUGUGUUUUAAGCGAAGAAGCGGCUACAAGUGGGCUGCUCAACAUCCUUAACACCUUAUGAUGCAGUUUUCCAAUAAGUGCUGCUGGCAAGUGUCUACUUGGACUCAAUCCAUCUGUCAAAUCAGGCUUGAUCAGUCACCAGAGCUGGCACAACGAUGACAAAUCAUGUCACAGAUUCAUCAGAAUGAAAGCGCUGAUCCACCAAGUCAUGCAAUGGUCAGCUGUGCAGUUUUCCAUAGACAGACAUCAUGGACGAUGGCUGCAAUUGUGCCACAUGGCAUUUUUAAACACGUUUCAUGCACUUGAGGAGUGGGGCAGUGUCAGCCUUUUUCCUCAUGGGUUGUAGAGGACAUUUUAUAAUUAAGUCUAUAAACACUGGUAAUAAAUCUUUCAUUUAAGUGUUUUAAAUUUUUUUUGAAAUUGAUAUUUAUGAGUUUGUUAGUUUUGAGUGAGGAGAUGUGGAUAUCUUUAUUUUUGUUAAGUUAUAAUUCUGCAUUGUUACAGUCUUUACACCAAAGGGUUUUUUAUUUUUCUCUUAAAGUUCUUGCCGUGGUUGUCACCGUUUUCAACUUCAUACACUUUUGUAUGUUCCAAAGAAGAUGCGUGAAACUUUGCACAAAUAAAGUAGCCAAUUCUACAAAA